UUGAAGUUGCGUGACAAGUGAGUUAACUGCAGGCUGGCUUCCAGCGUGAAUGAGCAGUAAUUGAGAAAUCCUCCUGCUGCUGUGUAAUAUAUAUAAUAUACAAUAUAUAUAAUUGGGACUUUGUGGCUGUUUCUGACACUGAGUGCAGAUGUUGCUGGGUUCUGGCCAGCAGUUAGUUCAGAGGCAGAUGUGAGUUAAGGUUCAGUUCCCCCCCACCCCCACAUACUUUGGGAUCUGCAGAAAGCAUCAACAGGUCUGUGUGUGUGUGUUUGCAGACUUGGCCCAGAUAGACAGAGCUCUCACUCCCUCUCUCCAGUAUGAAGCUGCUGAGAGUUGGCCGGUCUACCCUCCAGCUCCUGCUCCCAUCCCGGGGAGCUGCUAACUCCCACCGGCUCAGGGCUUGCUGCACUUUCAUUGUCACAGCCUACAUGCCCGAAGCGGCGGCUUUCCCCGGGGUCAGGGAUUACACCGGGCUCCGCGAUCACUCGGUGCAACAGCCCGACAACUUCUGGGGAGCCCUAGCCCGGGGCAGACUCUCCUGGAUCAGCCCCUUCCACACGGUCAGCGACUGCGACCUGAGCCGAGGGAUCAUCCGCUGGUUCCAGGGAGGGCGCCUCAAUGUCUCAGUGAACUGCGUAGACCGCCAUGUCCACACCUCUCCAGACAAGGUGGCUUUAAUCUGGGAGAGAGAUGAACCUGGUGCUCAAGUGAAGAUUACCUACAGGCAGCUCCUGGAGGUGACGUGUCGUCUGGCCAACACUCUGAAAAGGCAAGGUGUCCGCAAAGGUGAUCGAGUGGUCAUCUACAUGCCAGCCUCACCAAUCGCUGUGGCAUCGAUGCUGGCCUGUGCCCGAAUUGGAGCCAUACACACUGUGGUGUUUGCAGGAUUCAGUGCAGAGGCUUUAGCUGAUAGGAUUCGAGAUGCACAGUGUGAGAUUGUGAUCACUGCCAACCAGGCCCUGAGGGGUGGACGGAUUGUUGAGUUGAAGAAAACUGUGGAUCAAGCAGUGAAGCAGUGUCCUUCGGUCAAACGGGUACUGAUCACCAUGAGAACAGACAACAAGGUCCCGAUGUCGGACAUUGAUAUCCCCCUGGAGGAGGAAAUGAUGAAAGAAGAAGCAGUCUGUGAUCCAGUUGCCAUGGAGAGUGAGGACAUGUUGUUCCUGUUGUACACAUCAGGGAGCACUGGGAAGCCAAAGGGUGUGGUACACACGCAGGCAGGUUUCCUGCUGUAUGCAGCUCUUACACACAGGUAUGUUUUCGAUUACCACGAUGGUGAUGUGUUUGGCUGUGUUGCGGAUGUUGGUUGGAUCACUGGGCACAGCUACGUGGUGUAUGGACCUCUGUGCAAUGGAGGAACCACCGUGCUGUUUGAGAGCACUCCAGUCUACCCGAACCCAGGUCGUUACUGGGAGACAGUUGAAAGGUUAAAGAUCAACCAGUUCUAUGGGGCGCCCACUGCAAUUCGACUCCUGCUGAAGUAUGGAGAUACCUGGGUGAAGUCACAUGACCGGUCUUCUCUGAAAAUGCUGGGCACAGUUGGAGAGCCCAUUAACCCCGAGGCAUGGGACUGGUAUUAUAGAGUUGUUGGGGAUGGCAAAUGCCCAGUGGUGGAUACUUGGUGGCAGACAGAGACUGGCGGUAUCUGUAUCGCCCCUCGCCCCGCAGACAGAGAGGCGAAGAUUCUCCCAGCUAUGGCAAUGAGACCCUUCUUCGGAAUUGACCCAGUACUAAUGGAUGAGAAUGGUCGGAGAUUAACAGGGAACAAAAUCUCUGGAUCGCUCUGCAUCGCACAGCCAUGGCCAGGGAUGGCUCGGACGAUCUACAAUGACCAUGACCGAUUUGUGAGCACCUAUUUUAAAGCCUAUCCCAACCAUUUCUUCACUGGUGAUGGAGCAUACAGAUCUGAAGAGGGAUAUUACCAGAUCACGGGCAGGUUGGACGAUGUUAUUAACAUCAGUGGCCAUAGGCUGGGCACUGCUGAAAUUGAAGGUGCAGUGAACCAACACCAAGCUGUGGCCGAAUCUGCAGCCAUUGGAUGUGCCCAUGAGGUCAAAGGGCAAGGGUCCUACGUCUUCAUUGUUCUGAAAGAUGGGAUGGUCAUUGCUGAGGACGUCUUUGAUAAGGAACUGAAAGACAUUGUGUCCCAAAAGAUAGCCAAAUACGCUGUUCCUGAUCAAGUCCAGAUUGUGCACAGACUUCCCAAAACCCGCUCAGGAAAGAUAAUGCGUCGAGUCCUGAGGAAGAUUGUGGAAAAUAAAAUUGAUGAGCUUGGCGAUCUUACUACCCUGGACGAUCACACAGCUGUGCAGGAAAUUAUUGAUGGGCAUAAACAGAUCCUGAAGAAAGAAGCUAAAAAUUAACUGGGAGACAUCACGCUGGGGAUUUUAAAUGCGCACCAGUUUUAUUUUUUGGAAAAUUAUAUUCAUGCAAAAUAUUACGACCAAAACCACCUCAUUCCUGUCAGCCCUCAGUGCUAGGAUGUGUAAUCUUGAAUGGAGCUCUGUUUCUUUAUAUAAUGCCCCUGCAAUUGAACAAUCCAACAGUGGUCUCUGCAUCACAGUUCACACGGAUACGGUAGCAACUCUGUGGCAGGAACUGUGCUAUUCGACACCCAAGGACUAGAGGAGAAAGAAUGGAACAAACUGCGGGAAAUGUGCAAAGGCUGAUGCUUUGGGACUGUGAAUGGCUGAGGUUCACAGCUAACCUUGACAAUACAUUGUGCCCAGGUAGGGAGGAAUACCAUGGUCCACUCUUAGCAUUUUGACAGCAUCUGCUAAGUAAUUCUGUCCAAACUGCAGAUAUGCUGCUUCAUCUUUGUAAGAUAGAGUAAGAUCAGCAGGCUAGAUUUUUGAAAUGGCACCUCAUUUGGACUUUGAGUGAAAGUGACUUCGGCACUCCUCUGUUAUCACAACAUGACCCCUUGACCCAAAAUUCUAUUUUUUUCCAAACCCAUUUGUUUUUGAACAAGUGAAAUUAAAGGAACUGUGUACUAUGAUUAAAACUUAGGUACACUUCACUGUCAGAAGGCAGAGAACAUCUUAAAACUGCAAUAGGUCAGGUUCUGUUAGACCCUACUCUCUUCUUACCCUGUAGUUGGGUUAACUUGAUAUGUAGAAAAUCCAGGAAUGCAGGAACGUUUUUUCCAAAAGCAGGUCAUCAUGAAGUGUGUAUGUAAUGAUUAGAACCAAUGAAAAUUUGCAGGCUAAGUUUUGCUGUGGUUGCCUCAGUGACCUCUGGACUCAUCAUUAAGCACACAACUCCUUGAUUUGUGGCCAAAGUAAUUAAUCCAUUACAACACUUUUACUGGAAGCAAGUCUGAAACCUCUCGAAUAUUCGUGAACUAUAAUUUCUACUGCAGGUAGAACAUGAUUCACUUAAACUGGCUUUUAUUUUGGACAUUUGUUUUCAGCUUCAUGGACAAAGCUGUCUCUGGAGCCAAUCAGGGAUGAGGGGUGGGGACUACAGUUCAAGUCACUUUAGCCCAAGAAAGUAACUUUGUACAAACAUUCCUGUUUCCAGCAGCUCAUUAUACACGGCACUCCUGGGAUUUUCUAAUGUGGUCUCACCUCAACUGCACUGUUGCAGAUUGGAGCAGCCACUCCCAUCUCCCCUGAAUUUCAGGAGACUAAAUAUGAGCUUCACAAGGAGUCAUGCGUAUUGUGGGAGGUACAGGAGGAAAUGGUGAGUCAGGUAAAUGCGGUUGAGAUUACAGUUGGAUGAACUAUAAUCUUGGUGCACAGCAGAAUGGGCUUGAAGGGCCAAAUGGCCUAUUUUUACUUCCAAAUCCCAUGCUCCUUCCCCCCGCAUCAGAUUUUCCUACAUCUGAAUCCAAUUUAACCAAGACGACCUUGCUUUAAAUUAAUUGCCUUUUUUAAUGUCAACAUUUUGAAAAUGCAUUAAAAGAAAUCAA